GUCAUAAAUGAUAGUAGGGUACCUCGAUUAUCGUAGUCCUGAUUGUAAUUUAGGACUUCGUCGUAAUACUAAUAUGAAGUAAAGUUAUUCAGAAACUAAUUUUAGGAUUAAAUUUUGGAAUAUAAGUUGUAUUACGAUUUCGAAUUUUUUAUAAAUCUAAAGUUAUGUAAUAUGCAUUUUUUAGCUCUAACAUGUCAGUAAGGUACAGAAAUUUAUUUGUGCGUUUUGUUAGAUCAACAAUCAGUUUUAAAGCCAAUCCAAUAAUUUUUGCCAGGCUUCCUCAACAAAAGAUUGGCAGUGUUCCAUGUGCUGUCGGAUUUUCAUUGUUUACAUGGCUAGGCUUCUACAAGAAAACAAGUGCUGAAGAUGAACUUAUACAUACCAUUAAACAUUGUGUUCUCUUCAUACAGAGGUAUGACUACAUUAAAGCAGAACAACUAUUGCAUGUGGCUCUUAGACAAGCCCAACAGAUGCAGCAUCAAUUAGCAAUAACCUAUAUUUAUGAUGUUAUGGCAAACUUGGCACUUGAAAGAGAACACCUAGAUAAGGCUAAAGACCUUUUUGUUGCUGUCACUCAAAGAAUCAUGGCUGAUGGUGCAACUGAAGAUGAUUUUCGAGUUGUUCAUAUCAGUACAAAGUUAGCAAGAAUAAGUCAUCUGAAGAAGGAUUAUCAAACUGCUCAGAUGGGUUACGAGUGGUGCUUAGAGAAACUAGAAAAAAUUAUCAAAAGCGAUCCUUCAGAGGAGAAAAUGAAGUUAUUUGCACUAGCUGAAGAUUGGUAUGGACGGCUGUUCCUUGAUACUAAUCAAUAUGAACAUGCCUUAAAACUUAUGACCGACUCACUGGAGAAAAUGCAAUCCGUUUCAGAUAUAGAGAAAGAGCACAUAGCAACUCAAAUGAAUGACAUUGGUACAGUUUGUGAUUUAUUAGGUAAAACAGAUGAGAGUCUACAUUACUUCAAAGAAGCAAUUGAAAUCGGAAAAAAACUUGAAAUGGAGUUAGGUACAAUGUAUGUGAAUUUAGGAAGAGCUUACAUAAAGAAAAAAAUAUUGUCAGAAGCAAGAAAAAAUUGUGGACUGGCACUAAAAAUUGGGGUCAUGUCCAAAAAUAAAGAUGUUAAAGAGGAAGCUGAAAACUGUUUUCAAGAAAUAAAAAGGUUGAAUUAGAUAAACUAUUUAAUAUUAAUAUUGUAAACUUAUAAAUAUAUAUUUAUUACAGAAAAUA